CUCGAACCAAUUACACCGUUCACGUGGGAAGGCAGAGAUAACGAGCCUCCCGCUUUAACUUCUCUUUCUAAGAUCAGCAAAAGGCGUUGUUGGAUCACGCAAAUUCUGUAACAUUACACCUUUCUUUCUUUCUCUCUCUCUCUCAGAAUUUUCAUCCACUCGAGGAAUCCACAACAUGCUCCAAUCCACUCUAUGUGAUUAUCCCUUAAGGUGUCCCUCUUUCGCUUCAUCUGUUACAAGUAAUGCCAAUCGGUCUUUUAUCGGAGCUACACGUUGCCACUGUUUACAUUUGGCGUGGAACAUAAAUAAAUUGAAGGACAAUAAAGGCUUUUCUCCCAUGAUAAAAGGCCAUCGCAAACACAAGGAUCCUAAUACCUAUAUGCAUCAGGCAGCUGAGCGGGUUCUUGAGGAAGAAACUUCUCAAAUGGAAGAAGGAAACCCACGAUUCAAAGUUUAUCCAGGUCAAGCAUAUCCAUUGGGAGUUUCUGAAGUGGAAGAUGGCAUCAAUUUUGCCAUCUUUUCACAGAAUGCAACUACAAUAUCCCUUUGCUUGACACUCCGAGACAGUGCAAAUCAUAAAGAUGAAAUGCUGGAGUUGCCUUUGGAUCCUCAUACCAAUAAAACAGGAGACAUUUGGCACAUCUGUAUUGAGGAUCUUCCUCGGAGUGGUGUUCUCUAUGGCUAUCGGGUGGAUGGUCCUCGAGAUUGGCACCAAGGACAUCGAUUUGACAAUAGCACUGUUCUACUAGACCCUUGUGCAAGAUUAGUUGAAGGCCGUCAAGUUUUUGCUGAUACUAAUAAUAUUUUUGCAAAGUUCCUGGGAACUUAUGAUUUUGAGAGCAUGCCAUUUGAUUGGGGAGAUGGUUACAGUUUUCCAAGUAUACCAGAGAAAGAUCUUGUCAUAUAUGAGAUGAAUGUCCGCGCUUUUACUGCUGACAAAUCCAGUGAGUUGGAUCCAAAAAUAAGUGGCAGCUAUCUAGGUGUUAUUGAGAAGAUACCACAUCUUCUGGAGCUUGGAGUCAAUGCAGUAGAGCUGCUUCCAGUCUUUGAGUUUGAUGAGCUGGAGUUUCAGCGGCGUCCAAACCCUAGAGAUCAUAUGAUUAAUACAUGGGGAUAUUCAACAAUAAAUUUCUUUGCUCCUAUGAGUCGCUAUGCAAGUGCUGGAGAGGGGGGGCCUUGUAAUGCUUCUAGAGAGUUCAAAGAAAUGGUUAAAGCAUUGCAUGCUGCUGGAAUUGAGGUGAUUUUAGAUGUUGUCUACAAUCAUACCAAUGAGGCUGAUGAUAAGAACCCUUAUUUAACAUCAUUCCGUGGAAUAGAUAACAAGGUUUAUUACAUGGUUGAUCUACAUAACAAAGGCCAGCUUCUGAACUACUCAGGAUGUGGAAACACGAUGAAUUGCAAUCAUCCAGUAGUUAUUGAGCUUAUACUUGACAGCUUAAGGCAUUGGGUUGACGAAUAUCAUGUGGAUGGUUUCCGCUUCGACCUUGCUAGCGUGCUUUGUCGAGGUACUGAUGGUUCUCCACUUGAUGCUCCCCCACUUAUUAGGGCGAUUGCUAAGGAUGAUAAACUGUCAAGGUGUAAAAUCAUUGCAGAACCCUGGGAUUGUGGAGGCCUUUAUCUUGUUGGAAGUUUUCCUAACUGGGACAGAUGGGGUGAGUGGAAUGGUAAAUACCGUGAUGACAUAAGAAGAUUUAUAAAGGGUGAUGCUGGUAUGAAGGGGAGCUUUGCUACUCGAGUUUCUGGUUCUGCUGACUUGUACAAUGUGAAUAAACGCAAGCCUUACCAUAGCAUAAAUUUUGUUAUUGCACAUGAUGGCUUCACAUUAUAUGACCUCGUGUCAUACAACUUUAAGCAUAAUGAUGCUAAUGGAGAAGGUGGUAAUGAUGGGGGCAAUGACAACUUUAGCUGGAAUUGUGGUUAUGAAGGUGAAACAGAUGAUGUCAAAAUUAAGUCUUUGCGUUUGAGGCAAAUGAAAAACUUCCAUUUGGCACUCAUGGUAUCCCAGGGACUGCCUAUGAUUCUAAUGGGAGAUGAAUAUGGACAUACCCGCUAUGGAAAUAACAAUAGUUACGGACAUGAUACUGCUAUCAAUCAUUUCCAAUGGAAACAGCUGGAGGCUAGAAAGAAAGAUCUUUUUAGAUUUUUCUCGGAAGUGAUAAAGUUUCGCCGGUCACAUCUGGUGUUUAGGCAUGAGAAUUUUAUUGGCCAGGAAGAAGUGACAUGGCAUGAAAACCAGUGGGACAAUCCUGAGAGCAAAUUUCUUGCUUUCACACUCCAUGAGAAAGAUGGUGGAGAUAUCUUCCUCGCAUUCAAUGCUCAUGAAUACUUUGUUAAAGUUGCAAUACCUUCACCACCGCAAAAGAAACGCUGGUUUAGAGUGGUAGACACUAAUCUGGAGUAUCCCGAUGACAUUGUCCCAGAAGGAGUCUCUGGGAUCGGAGCAACAUACAACGUCGCGCCAUACUCCUCUAUUCUCCUUGAAGCAAAGGUAUGAGAAAAAAUCAGAUAAGGACUUAAGAUAGAAGGGAAAACCUCAUCCUCCUCUUAUAAUUUGUAAUACUAAUGUUUUUCCAAUUAUACUCACUACUAUCGGAUCAGUGAUCAGUUAUUUAUAUAUUAUCAUUCAACUACUAAAUGGAGAAAAAAAGUAAUGAUAAUAAAGUAAAGAGAACGUGUACAAAUUUUAAUGUUGAUAUUCUGAAUUAGUUACAUGAUCCAAUAUAUAUACGUGACUUUGGGUUCAAAUUUCGCAA